CUGAAGCUAUUGAAGGCUCAGUCGCAACUCCCUCUCUCGCUCACCCGCCAUUGCUCGGGCCGUGCUUGCUUCUCUGCAGCUUGAAUCGAAACUCGAAGGUUUCGCAGCUCAUGCUCUUAAAUCUGCCGCGUUAAUUCCGUAAAUAGAAUCCAUCUUCAUUUUCGACUUCGUUUUAUCUUCCGAUUGAUACCUGUGGUGCUAUUGCGCUGCUUCGAAUUUCGCUUUCGUCUUUGUAUGGCGCAAGAGUGCGGUAUUCGUGAAGUUUGGAGCAGUGUAACUAUUUCGGAGGAAGUUUUGUUGAGGAGGCUUCGCUGUUGGAUUAUCUGAGUAGUUCUCCUUUUCCGGGGGUUUGAGCGCUAAUUGAGAUUGAAACUCAUGGUAACUCGGGAAGCAAUGGAACAGUCCAAGACCCUCGACUCGUCACUUUACCACGCACCUACUUUGCGCCAAGGCAUUGGCUCUCCUCGUUGUCCACGCUGCUCUGCACCCUUGUCUAAAGAUCUUGAAUCGAGUGGGUGGACCAUCGCGCCUUUUGUGCGAGAAAGCUUCGCUAUGGUUGGAACUGCGGUAGGAGGCACCCUCUCUAGCUUUUAUGCGUUCAACGCAGUUAUGCCGCACGUAAAGAAGAGAGUUGGAGGACCAAUUUGGUGGCAGUUUGUUGUGGGGUUACCACCAGUACUACUAUUUUCUGUCGGUUGUGCCGGGCUUGGCGGUGGUGUAUUACCUGGUCUUGCUCAAUUAUCAGUGUCUACUUAUCACGCUGCCUCUGCAUCAUCACACUCCGCGGUCUCUGUUAUCACCAUGGGAGUUGAGGAAAGGGGGACCAGUGUCUCAAUGUCGCAGUCCUCAAGUCAAAAUUCUGCAGCAGCUCGCGUCAAUCAGAAGAGCUAAUUCAAUUCCGCCGCUUAUCACUUCUCUUGCGUUCUGAUGGAAUCCUUGUGCUUCAUCAGUUUAGUUCUUCCUUUCAGAAAACAGGUCUGGAGGUGCGCAAGGCUAUAUGCGCAUGCAAUGCAAAUGCUCGUUUGCUAGUGUGACAAUUUGACUCAACGUUUCUACCAUCCGCUUAUGGGAUUCGAGUUUCAUUACAUGUGUUUCAUGUUUAACAACCGCAGUUAUGGUAUAUCAGUCCUGUAGAAUUGCUGACAAAUCACUUUUUCUGAGAGUUUUUUUAUUUUUUUUAUUUUUUUGAAUAACAGAUAGACCCUGGAAUCGAACUCCUCUGCCAACAUUGUACUUACUCAUUCCUUCACUUAAUUGUACAUUGAGGCUUUGUACAUAGAGGCUUUGUAACUGCAGCUAUUUUAUAAUCUUUCUUCUAUUGAGCUAA